AUGAUAGUAAAAAUUGUUAACUCUUUGACUGCGAAACACGAAAUUGGUGCACCAUUUGUUGCACAAUAUCUCUUGGGAUUUCCGGAUCACUACACCAAUCGCACCUUCCGAGUAUUUUACUGGAAAGGUUACGUUGCAUUACUAUCGGAUACAGUCCUCCGAAGUGAUGAUGAGCUUCAGGCACAAGUAGAUGGCGAUGAUGCGGUUAUGAUAGAUAAUAUCAAAGGCUCUGUAGUAGAGCUAGCUUACUCACAUGAUUGGAUCCAUCGACCAAGCAGAUAUCGCAAUUGGUGCCUUAUCGAUUACAUGAAGAAGACAUACAAAAAGAAA